AUGCCACUUUUUGGCUGGAUGAAAAGGCCAAAAAAUGAUUCCUACAAACACACACAUUAUGCUGAUUCUGAUGUAGUGACAAUGACACUACUUCGGGAAUUAAAAUGGCAUUUAAAGGAACGUGAGAGAUUAAUACAAGAGAUCGAGAAUGAGCAAAAAGUUAAAAAAACAGGUGUGGAUUACAACUGGCUGAGAAACUACCACAAUCCCCACAUGACCAUCCCAGCUACAGAACAAAGACAACUUGAAGUUCUUUGCUCACAAGUGCAACCUUGCCAAACGGGAAUGAUUCUCAGCAGGUUUCGAGAACUUUUAGCAGAAAACGAUGUACUGCCCUGGGAAAUAGUCUACAUCUUCAAGCAAGUUCUGAAAGACUUCCUUGGCAGUCCUGACAGAGGGAGUCAGAGUGGGGGUCUGCAGGACCCCCAGGAGGCCAGCCGUCCCACUGGCCCUGGGCUUCCAGGUGAAAGUUCUAAGAGUCCAAACAAAGAUGAAAUACCCACUAUUUCAAGUUAUGUAGACAGAAACACAAAGAACAGGUUCCCAUCAUGCUCACACAGAAUAUGGAACCUACCAUAUUAUUACCCAUCAAGUUAA